AUGGCGGAAGAAGAUUCUCAAUUAAGUGCUUUAGAGCCCGGUGAACUAGACUUAUUUGUCGAGAGUAUGGAACCUAGCCGUAUUGAAAAUAUUGGCCAUCAAGGUUGGGUAGACUGGCACAUACGGUUGCAGAAACUGAAUCAACAAGCAGUCCUCGAGGCUUCUUCUAUGGUGGAGGAACUUACUAAAGAAACUCUUAUAUCUUGUGGAAAGUUACCAGUGUUAGUUUACGAAGCAAUCUCCAUACAAGUAUGGCGAUUGAAGAUCUAUCCUCAAAUCAUAAAGUUGGAGCCUGCACCAGCCAAUACAUUCGCCGUCUAUAUGGUGUUAUACCACGAAGCGGCGGCUGUGGGGCUGCUGGAGACCGUGUUGUUCCACGAGGACGGGGCGCAGUGCAUCAGCGAGGUAGUGGUAGACCUGCUGCAGUACGCGGUGGAGCAGCUCACCACGCUGCUGGCGCUUAUCAACAAAAACUAUCUGGUACCUCCGACGUACCAGGAGUUGGAAAGUGAGACCGCUAUCGAAGAGCUGGAGCGGCAGAAGAAUGACCUGCAGUUUGAUGUCAGCAUGAGAUGCAUAUCCAUCGUGCGUUACAUCACCGAGCACAUGGACGCGGCGGGCGCGGGGGCCUCCAUCGCCACCAACCUGUACAAGACCCACGAUGUUCCGUCUCUGCUGAGCCAUCUGCUGCAGCUCGAGCCGUGGAAGAGGACCAAUGACAAGGGAGACUUGGAGACUUUCAACUUCGGGCGUUGGACCUUGCAGACGUCUGAGGAGUUGUCGCAGAUGCACCGCAGUGAGGCCCAGCUGUGGCUGUGCCUGCGUCAGCUACUGCUGGAACCGCGUCUAGCCAACUACUACACCAUCGACGACUGUCGCCGCAGUGACUUCUGCCGGCUUCAAGGCAAGAUGACGGAACCGAUGAUAGACCAGAUCCCUCCACUGGGCGAGUUGAAGAUGUUCCUCUGUCGCCUCACAGUUGGCGACUACUCGAGCCUUCACAACCGCACCAAUGGCGUGAAAAAUCCUGGUUGCACGCUCAUUGAAGUUGUACCACGGAUAAAAGAAUCUUACCUAAGUGAAGUCCAUAAGAAAACUAAGUCAAUCGCGAAAGCGCAGCUGCAAUGUUUCCACAUGGACGGGUCUGACGAGUCACGGGAGAUGGCGAAGAAGCUUCUAGAGUCGUACACUAGUGACGCGGCUCUCGCUAUGGAUAGCGGUGGUGCUAAAUGCGCCAAAUGUGGCGAGAAGGCUAGCAAGAAGUGCUCGAGGUGCAAAACCGAGUGGUAUUGCGGCAGAGAAUGUCAAGUACAACAAUGGCCAAAGCACAAGGACCUCUGCGAUCAGUUCGCAAAAUUAAUUAUGUAAAAGUGCUAACAUUUCCACUUACUUUUAUUCGAGUAGCAUUUUAAUUUAUUGAUUAUGUCCUAAUAUAUUAUUAAUAGCCCAUUUUCUUACGGGUUUUGGUGGAGAAAAUAAAAAAUAUUGUCAAUUU